AUGGUUGGUGCCAAGCAUCCCCGAGCCUCCAGCUUCCGGAGUACCCUCUCUCUCGUCCGCAUGGUAUCCCGCGGGUCCUUCACACUAAAGCAACAACCACCAUCAGAAUCCAAGUGUCUCGAAAACAACAGUCUCGUAUACCGGGUUGAGCGUCGGGGAUUUCUGGAACUCGACAUACUUCAGGCCAGUGUUCUUAUCACCCAUCGUCCGCUCCUCAUCACUGAGCGAGUCACUGAAGUGAGAGAUCUCCGAUUCGGUGGUGCGUGGUGUCUGGUCUGGGCUGUGCACGUCUUGGGAUUCUCUAGCAUUAAUAAGGAUCAGUAA